AUGGAUCAAUAAUAAACAGAUAUUAAGGAAUUAUUAUCACUUUAUAAUAAUGCUAUCUAAAUUAAAAAAAGAGCUGAAAAGAAAUUGAUCCGUUUCACUAAUUGUCUUUCAGAAUUAGAUAGAAGAAAUUGUGGAACAGAUGUUAUAGAACAAAUUAAUUUGGUCAGACAAAAAAUUAAAGAAGAAAGAAAAAAUUAAGCAGAAUAGACUGUUAGAAAUUCAUAUGUCUAAUUACAAAAUUAAAUGGACUAAAGUAGUUUAAUGUUGAAACAAAAGCUUUCAGAAAAAGAACUAUGUAUAUCUAUUCAUAUAAUUCAAAUAAGAACUUGAAUCUAUGGAAAUUGAGUUUAAAUGUCAAUUGUAGCAACAAUAGCAAGUAAUUAACAAUUUAAAUCUAUAAAUUGAAGAGGUUAAAGAUUGUAAUUAUUAAACUUAAUUCAAAAAGAUGAUCAGGAAUAAAUUUUAAAUUUGACUCAAAAAAAUCAAUAACUACUUAAUCUUAUAGAGGAUUUAAACAAAUAAAUAACAGAAUUAAAAUAAAGUAUUCAUUAAAAUGAUAUUUUAGUUUUGGAAUACUAUCAAAACGAAGAAUUCAAAUCUCAACAAAAUAAUUUUAGUAUUUAUAUAUUAACAUUUUUAGAUUCUAUCAAAGUUUCUUAAAAUUCUUAAAUGCUUUCAAAUAUUAAGAAAUUUGGGAAUAGAUAUAAUAAUCAAACCACUGAAUCUAUGGAUCAAUGUUAAUUUGAAACUUUGGCUUCUGAGGUCAGAUAUCAAGAAAUUGGUGAAAAUUUAGAUGAUGAGAUCUUUUUGGGAUCCUUUAAUUAAUAUACUGAGACAAAAGGUAUUUUUUAAUAAAUGUAAUACAGAACUAUAAUCUCCUAUAAAAGUUUAGGAUUAAUCAUAUAAUCAAAAUUAAAUUAAUGAAUAGAAUUUUGUGAUUGAAGAAUUAAAAGAGCGAAUUCAAAGUAAUAAAACUCAUUUAUUUAGAUUUACAAUAGGAGAAACAAAGGUUAAUAGAUAGAAUGGAUGAAAAUCAAGAGAAUUUUAAUAAUUUUAAAGAAAAAAAUUAAUUAAAUGAGACAAAUUUAAAUAAAUAAAUUAAUAAUUUAAUAGUAGUAAAUUAAGGUAUAAAUAAUCUAAUAUUAUUUUAGAUCUGAUUACUAAAGAGUAAAACCUUGAGGUUUAGAUUUUCGAAUAAAAGAAUGAGAUUUAAAAGUUAGAAUAACUAAUUGAAAAUUUAGAAACAUCUUAAGAGUCAUUAAAAUAAAAAGAUGAAAUGAUUUCAAAAUUAAAUGAUGAACAACAAUUGACUAAGACUAAAUUAAAGUAAUUUGAAGAAUAAAUUGCUUUUAUUCGUAAGUUAGAAGGGGAAAUUUAACAUCGUUAACAUUAAAUUGUAGAAAAAGAGGAAGAAAUUAAAAAUUUUAAAUAAAGCAUUGAAAGUAUGAAUAAUUUAUAUUUUAAAUUAGAAUAGUAAAUAUCGAAAUAGACUUUAAAUGAGUAGAUUUCAAAAAUACAAAAAUAAUUGGAUAAUUAAAUUUAAUAAAAUUUAUAAUUGCAAAAUGAAAAUAAAUGUAUGAAAGAGUAAUUAAUUGAAUAGGUUUAAUUUAAGAGAAAAAGUCGUUAAAAGAUGAAAUCAUUGGAGUUAUAAAAGAAUAAGAAUGUAUUUUUAAAUGCAAUAUUAUAGAAUAAAAGUAAGAAUUAACAAUGAAAGUAUAGAUUCUUGAAAGUUAGAUUCAUGAUUUAUAACUAGAGUAAGAUUAAAAGUUAAGUUAAUAAGAAAAUUUAAAUAUGAAUGAAUCAAAUAUGACUAUAUAAGUUUAAGAAUUGAUGUAAUAAUUGAGUGAUUUGGAAAUAAAAAAUAAAGUAUUAGAUUAAGAAAAUAAUACAUAAAAAAAAGAGAUUGAAAUUUAGAAUGAAUAAAGAGAUAGAUUUUAGAUUUAAAUUGAAGAAUUGAAUUAAAAACAUUAAAGAAUUUAAUAGGAUAUGAAUAUAUAAGGAAUAGAUAAAUAGAGAGUGGAUGAUAUAUUAGAUGAUAAAAUAAAAGAAUUGGAAUGUAAUGAUUAGAUAAUAAUAUUUAGUGAGUAGAAUAUAGAAUUAAUAAUUUUAAGAGGAGAUAAAUGGAUUGAAAAAGAAUAUAGAAGAAUUGAGGAGAAUAAAUAAUAGGAAAGAUUUAUAAAGAGACGAAUAAAUAAAAUUUUAGAAAGGAUUAGAAAAUGAAAUUAAAAGUAAGAUAAAUAAUUGAGGAAUAGUUCUUGAAGUUGAAUUGAAGGAUUCAAAAUAAUAAUUUUAACAAGAAUGUAAAAGAAUAGUAGAAAGUUAUAAGGAAGAAUUAAGAUUGAUGUAGGAAUAGUUAGUAAGAAGUUCUGAGAAUAUUAAACGAUGUUCACCAAUUCGAGAUAUAAAAUAGGAAGAUAAAUAUAAGGAAUAAAUCAAUAGAUUAAAUGAUGAACUUAGAAUAAACAAAUUAUAAAUUGCUUAAUUAUCCACUGUAAAUAAUUAGUUAAAAUAACAACAAAAAGAUGUAGUGUUGAAAUUGUAAAAUAUAUUAAAAUUAGUUCCAGGAGGUGAUUAAGAUUUAAAUGAUUUGAUAAAAAUAAUUGAAAACAAUUUAUAAAGUUGUUAAAGCAAUAAUUGUGCAAAAUAAUGUUCAAAGAGAACUAGUUUGAUAGAUACAACAAAGAUGUUAAUGAAUAAAGCAAGAACAUCAAUAGGUUCGAAUAGAGGAUCAAUAUUAAUUUAACAAGAGAAUGGAUAUAGAAAUAGUUUGAGUAUUUAAAACAUUCCAUUUGGUAGAAAGAGCAAUAAAGAUUUACAAUAGAUUUUAGAUGAUAUAUCAGAUUAGGAUAUUAUUUAAUAAUGA